AUAAAGGUCGGGAUGCCUGGCUCGGAAAUAUCAUCUUCUCCUUCCUCCACUACCUUUCCCAGAAUAUCUUUCCUCAACUCUGCAAUAAACAUGUCUCUCUUCCAGAUAGGUCCUCGCGAGUAUCCAGACCCACCCUACAGUCAGAUGUGCGACGAUCAGUCGUGGAGAACCUACAUCGACAGCCAAGUGUACAUCUGCGGCGGCAAAAGCCCAAGAGAAGUCAUACGUCCAUAUAACCGGGACUUCGUCCGCCUCCUACACGAUAUCGCCCAUUACCAUGUCCAGGGACAAAAUCCGGUAAAAAUUAUAGCUAUCAACGACCUUUCAUGGUCCGACUUUGGCGAUGAUCGUUUCGCAUACCACACCGCCCUUGUGUCGUUCCCGUCUGUCACUUCUCUCUUCCUAGACAAAGUCCACUGCAGCUGCAACGAGUUGUACACUCUUUUGCGCUCCUACACCAACCUUCAGACCCUGAAUAUACAGCGCCUGAUACUUGACAGCAAUUCCUCUUUCCUAUUCCAACCAAAUUUCCGCGGACCGCCCUCGUUCAUAAAGGCUUUGGACCUUGAUGUUGACAGUUGUUCGCCAAGCCUUCUUCCUCUUCUCUCUUCUCACUCCCAUAUUCCCUUUGUGCUAGACCGCCUGGAAUCCUUGACAAUCAUAGGCCAGUCCGGCCCCAUAAUAGGGAGAGCAGAUCGCUUUGCUGCCAUUGUUUCCCUUGUCGCCAUGCCGCUGGAGCUUAGCUUGAUUGUUGGUCGGAUCGAGAUUUCAGACGAGACACCCUAUCUUGAUGUCAGCCAUGUCACCGACCUCAAGUUCACCGUUUAUCUGGACCCAGGGUGGAGCUACUGCUAUUCCCUUCGGUGGUGGGGCCAUGUCAUUGACCGCCGUAGCGCCGACCUUCAGAAGGUCACUAUCUGCAUCCAGGGCCGGAAUAGUCCCUCUCUUCCAGCAGAGGAUGUUCCUUACUGGACAUACUUGGAUCAGGCAUUGUGUGGUAAACCCAGCUUCCGGCAGCUGUGCUUCCAGGUCUCCAUGAGCGGUCAGCAGUCUCAGCAGUCUUGUCAAGACCUUCAGAAAGCGCUGAGGCGUCGGCUUUCGGGAGUCAUCAAACGCUACGGAGCCUUAGGUCGUAUUAGUUGGCUCGACGAUGGUGGGCAACCAUUCUCUCCGGUUCCGUAGUGC